AUGGGUGUGACAAAGGAACAAGUCGAAGCUUCGUUGACUUCGAAACUCAACCCUCUUCAUUUGGAAGUCAUUGACACAUCUGGAGGCUGCGGCGCAAGUUUUGCUGUUGAGAUUGUCUCGGAACAGUUUGAAGGGAAGAGACUGCUCGAGAGGCACCGCAUAGUGAAUGCUGCUCUUGAAGAAGAGAUGAAACAAAUCCAUGCUCUCUCCAUUAAGAAAGCUCAGACUCCACAACAAUGGAAGCCAAUUACACAAGUCUCUGCAACAACAACUCCUCCAACCACAGAUGCUUGA